GCUGUCAGUGCCGAUUCUGUGGAGUGUCUGCGCCAACCGAAAAAAAGCACAGGUCCACACACGCAGACGAGAAACACGAAUAAUAAAAAAAAAUUCAGUAUAAUCAUACACGCACAAACGAAUAAUUUUUGCGAGUGUGUCGUCGAGUAGUUGACGAAGACGACGACUUAGCCACUACGCUACAUCACAUUACAGCGACGACGACGCCGCCGAGAUCGUGUCCCUGUGCUCGCGGGUGUCUGAAAAUUGAAUAAUAAUAAUAUCAAUUAUUAUUAUUUAUUUUUUUAUUCUCUGCUUGUGUGUGAUUUCUUUGCGUGUUUCAAAGUGUGGUGUCGCGUGCGUACGUGGUUCCUCAAUCCGUUUCGGUGGCCGCGGACGACCACAGCAGACGGACGCACGAAUAUCGAGAAUUUUUAAUAAUAUUGUCGUAAAUUGUAUAAUUUAUUUUUUGUUUUUUGAAAUACAUACGCGUGUUUAUGUGUAUAUUUAUAAAUAGACACAUAUAUUUUUACACCACGUAUGAGUUCAUUGUAAACAUAGAUUAAAUUCGUCGUGUACCCAUAUAUCAAGUCACGAUCGGACGAAAAAAUAUCAUAUCGCAGAGAAGAUAUUACAACUAUAUAUUAUAAUAGUACCUACUGUUUUUAUUAUUAAUUUUAUGACUCGAAUACAGCCACUGAGCCUCCGCCGCAUUACCAAACUGAAGACACUAGUCAACACUACUGGAACGAUAGGUGGCAAAUCAGCAGCAGCGUCAAAGAUUGUUACAAGGAAGUAAGCUCUCGACAAAACACACACAUUUUCAUCCCCGUUGGUUUCAAGAAUCUAACUAUAACUUAUCGAGGCCAAAAAUAUAUACUUUAAUUUAUUAUAAAAAGAUAAUGAUAAAUCACAAUAAUUUAUAAAAAUUACAAGUCUUCGUUUUGCUGGGAAAAUAAGCUUGAUCUGUGAUAGUGUUAUUUUUUAUUUAAAUACUGUUUUUAAUUAUCAUUAUUAUUGCGAUCACAAAUAGUGUUUAUCGUUUUUAUUUUUUAUUUCGCUUCUUAAAGUUAUUGAGAAAACAACUAAUAAAAUGCCUCAAAGUGCGGGCGUACUUACAAACUCUGUUAUGAUARCUUUAAUCCUACUGAUCAGCUCCUUGUGUGGAUGUUGGAGUACUGAUGCGGAUCAACAUGUUGCUUCGUCUCCCACAUGUGACAGUAAUAUUUACUGUUAUGGACCAUUGCUGCAUGCGAUUCAAAUGUCUAGCAUAUUCCCAGAUUCAAAAACGUUUGUUGACAUGAAAAUGAAAUAUUCGCCAAAUGAGACUAUGAGCAUAUUCUUGGAUAUGAUGAAAAGAACGGGACAAAGGCCAUCAAAAUUAGAACUGGAGAUGUUUCUCAACGAAACAUUCGAAAAAGAAGGUAGUGAAUUCGAAAUUUGGGAUCCCUCUGAUUGGAAGCCAGAGCCCAAAUUUAUUGGUGAUAUUAAGGACUCAAAUUUCCAAGAAUGGGCUAGAGGCUUGCACUUGUUAUGGAAACUUCUCGGUAAAAAAAUUAAAGAUGAUGUACGUUUACAUCCCGACCAUUAUUCAAUCAUCUAUGUUCCGUAUCCUGUUAUUGUACCUGGUGGCCGAUUCCGUGAAUUUUACUAUUGGGAUUCGUACUGGAUUAUUAGAGGUCUGCUACUAUCUGAAAUGUAUACUACCGUAAAAGGAAUGCUUAGCAACUUUUUAUCGAUUAUUAACACCUACGGUCAUAUUCCAAACGGGGGUAGAGUUUAUUAUGCAAUGCGGUCUCAGCCCCCCAUGCUGGUACCAAUGAUGAAAAGUUACAUCGAGGCUACAAAUGACACAACUUUCCUUAAAGAAAAUGUAGAUAUACUGGAAAAAGAAUUCAGCUAUUGGAUGUUAAAUCAUACAGUAGACAUAGAAAAAGAUGGAAAAGUAUACACAUUGGCCAGAUAUAARGAUUCGUCAACAGGACCCAGGCCCGAAUCAUACAGGGAAGAUAUCAUGAGUGCACAAACACUGAAAACCGAUAACGAUAAAGAAAACUACUAUUCUGAACUAAAAGCCGCUGCGGAGUCUGGGUGGGAUUUUUCUAGUAGAUGGUUCAUACUAAAUGGAACAAAUAAAGGAAAUCUGACCAACUUGAAAACACGGUUCAUCAUUCCGGUGGACUUGAACGCUAUAGUGUAUUGGAAUGCCAAGAUAUUAAGUGAUUUCUACCGAGAGCUGAAUGUGUCUGACAAGGCACUGAAGUACGAAAACAUCGCCAAUAAAUGGAUAGAAGCAGUGACGGCGGUUCUAUGGCACGAGGAAGUAGGUGCAUGGUUGGACUACGACAUGCUGAACGAAAUCAAGCGUGAUUAUUUUUACCCAACCAACAUAUCACCUCUAUGGACUGGCUGUUAUGACCCAAAAAAAACCGAAGACUUUGUGUCCCGGACGCUUAAGUACUUGGAAAAGACACAAAUAAUGAACAACCUGGGGGGCAUACCAACUACCCUGGAGCAUUCCGGUGAACAAUGGGACUACCCGAAUGCAUGGCCCCCACUCCAGUACAUAAUGGUCAUGUCACUAGACAACUCAGGCGAUAACUGGGCGCAGGACUUGGCGUUCGAAAUAGCUGAAAGAUGGAUGAGAUCCAACUACAAAGCAUACAACGAGACCAACGCCAUGUAUGAAAAAUACGAUGCGACCGUACCCGGAGGUCACGGCAGUGGGGGUGAAUAUGAGGUGCAGCUAGGUUUUGGCUGGACCAAUGGCAUAAUCUUGGAGUUCCUUCAGAAGUACGGAUCCAGGGUUACAGCUGAGGACAAAUUCAUCGAGGCGCCGCAGACCAGCGCCAACAUAGGCUCCAGCUCAAGCAGUACUGACUACAACACCAAGACCGUGUCUUCGGCGACACAAGUCAUGACUGCCACACUUGCAAUACUGGCCACGAUAUCGGCCGGAUGCAUAGGGUGAGAUGUUUACAAGUUAAAUUAUGUAGUUAAAUUAUAAGAACAUUCCCUUAUGAAAAGUCGGAAGGAUCUCUUAAUUAUCAGGUCAGACGUAUUUAACAAAGAGGUUUACUUAGUUGAUCAUUAGUUUCUUUAUUUGUGCUAUCACAUUAGCCUAAUUAUUGUUUUUUUUUUUUUGUACAUGUGAGUUAGUGUUAUGCUUUAAUUUAUUGGCACAUGCAAGUUUUAUAUGGUCAAAAAAAGUAAAAUAAUUUACAUCUAAAAAAACAUUACCGAGCAAUACGGAAAGACCAACUUUGAAUGGAUAGUAGUAGAUCAAAAAGUAGAUCCUAAAGUUUAAAUCUGAACUUACUAGUGGUUUUAUCAUGAUAAUAAUAAUAUUUUAAAUAUUAACUAUUAUUAAUUAAUGGAGUUUAAGUUCCUUCGAGCAAUCAUAUUUCUGUGAAUUCAACCAAAUCGAUUAUAGAGUUGUUUGCACAGUAGAAUAUUUGCUUGACAUUUUAAUUGAAAAAUAAAGCAAAGUGAUGUAAUACGUUAAGGUUUUAUAAAUUAUAAAAUAUAGAUUAACACGUUUUAGUGAGAUUUAAACGAAAAACAAAUUGCGCGCCUAACUCAGUCUAAUGAGUAACAAAAUGUGUACAUGCCUCGUAUAGUCGGUUUAUAAUUUUAUAUGUUUCAUUCUCUUUUUUUUAAUUUAUCGUCAUUUUUUCAAAUUAUUUUUAAUUUCUGAAAUGUCCAUGACAUUUGCCUCUUAUGAUAUAUACAUACAUUUUUAAAUAAUAUAUUAAAUAUUUAGGUAUACUUUUAUCGUAAAUUMGUUCUAAUCACUCAUUUAGAAAAAUACAUAUAACUUAUAAAUAUCAAUGUUAUGUGGUAUCGUAAAUAUACCUAUCUGUGCUUUUUUWAAAUUGUUAUUUCAUGGUAGGUAAUAUUCAUAAUAUUUUUAUGCAUAAAUUGACAUAUUUUAAUAUUUAUUU